AUGCCUCAGACAAGUAAAGAUAAAAUUGAUCAAGAAAAAAUUAAAAUAAAUGAAGUGGGCAAGACAUUUUUUGAAAUCCAAUUUGAUGCUAAAGAAAAAAUUAUUACUAGGUUAAAAAUUAAAUAUUUAGUUGUCAGUAGAAUAUUGAAAUCGGUGUCUUGUGAAAUUACCCUUAUUACGUACCACAGGUUGAAUGAUGAGAUCAAAGAUUUCAAUAGUAAAAACGAGAAGUUUAAAGGUAAAACCAAUCGUUUAAACAAAAAAUUGAAAGAUGAUUACGAAUAUUUGAAAAAGAUUUUGGACGAGAAAACCAAUCAUGAAAAACAAUUAAAGGAGGAAAUCGCUCAGCUAAAACAAGAAUUCGAUUCCAUGGAAGAAACAGGCCUAAGUAAAUUAAAAGAACAACACGAUGAAUUCAUCAGAGAAACCGGAAAAUAUAAAUCGAUUACUGCUAUAUACGUGGGAAGAUUAAAUAAGUUGCACGAAUUUUCCAAACAAGAACAAAUACUCGAACAGAAAUACACAGAUAUUAAAGAACAAAAUGUAAUCACGGAUAAAAACUAUGGUAUUGCAUUGAAAAAUCUCGAGGAGAAUAAAUAUAAAAGUGAACAAAUCGCUAAAAGAAUCAUGUUAAAACGAUGUGUAGAUUUCUCAACGCACAUGAAAAAACAAUCAUUGGCGGUUGAAUGUCCUGUCGGAGGGGCUAGUACCAAAGAGGUUCUCGAUCUCAAAGACAUGGUGGAAAUAGGCAACAAACAGAACGCUGAUCACGCACAAAAAAUUCUCAAUUUGAAGGAAGAAAAUAAAUUACUUAACGAGACACUUAAAGAAUUAACGAAAUCGAACUUAGAAAAAAUUAUACAAAAAAAUAUUGAUGAUUGUUCGAAGAAGAAAAACGUAAGCUCAGCUGAAUAA